CUCAAACAAAAAGAAAAAAAAAAGUGAAAAUCAGCUGAAACAGUAAUUAAUAGAGCUUGCUUUCCCUCCAUGGUUAAAGAUUCGAUCUUUUUAUCAAGUGGAAAACCACAAAAUCUUUCCUUGAGGAAUCUUGGCUCCAGGCUCCAGCCCUUUUUUUUCGUGUAGGCACACAAAAACGCUUCUUUUCCCCGCCCUUUUCGUCUUUGAGGGAAGAGGGAUGAGGUCUGCCCUCAUCUUCAUUGUUCUCUUGCCUGUAAUCACUUUUGUAUCUAAGUUUGAAGCUCAAGCUGCACCUGCUGGGCCAUUGAUAAAGCACUUUUCAUCACUCGUUAAAUGGACUAGGGCCUCAUCCAAAACACCCCACCAAUCAGAUGGUGGUAAUGUGCUUCAGUUUGAGGAUGGUUAUCUUGUUGAGACAGUGGUUGAGGGGAAUGAGCUCGAGUUCGUGCCGCACUCCAUCCGUGUUUCCCAGGAUGGCGAGCUCUUCGCUGUGGAUGCUGUCAAUAGCAACAUUGUCCGAAUCACGCCUCCACUGUCCCAAUAUAGUAGGGCAAGAUUGGUUGCAGGAUCGUUUCAGGGCCGGACCGGUCAUGUGGAUGGAAAACCAAGCGAUGCUUGUUUCAGCCAUCCCAAGGGGGUCACCAUGGAUGAUAAAGGGAAUGUUUAUGUUGCAGAUACUUCGAAUCUCGCCAUUAGAAAGAUUGGAGAAGCAGGUGUGACGACCAUUGCUGGAGGAAAAUCGAAUGUUGCAGGAUACAGGGAUGGGCCUAGUGAAUAUGCCAAGUUCUCGACUGAUUUUGAUGUCGUAUAUGUGAGGCCUACCAGUUCGUUGUUAGUGGUUGACAGAGGAAAUGCAGCUCUUCGUCAAAUCUCCUUGAGUAAAGAGGAUUGUGAUUAUGAAAUCACCUCUUUUUCACCUACAGAUCUUCUUAUGAUGGCCGGUGCUAUCCUAAUUGGCUACGUUUCGUGCCUUCUUCAACAAGGAUUAGGUUCCUCACUUAUCUCCAAGAUGAAAGGGUUUCCCAAAUCUAAAUUCAACGAAGCUGUAUGGCCGUCGUUCGGACAACUCAUCCGGGACCUUCCAAAAGUCGCGAUGGAAGCACUGAGUGGUGUUCUUGCUCACUCCAUUCCCUCGAAAGAUUCUCUCGUGAUGCCUGAAGACGAAACUGAACCUGCCCCACCUCUAAAACAGAGGACUUCCGAAACCAGACAGGUUAGUGAGAGACCAGACGAAGCAAAACUCCAUAAACUUAGAUCGACCAGCACGAAAGAUCCAUCUCUGUCAACCAAGCAUCGGUCAUCCAGGAGACAAGAAUACGCUGAGCUUUAUGGAUCAAGCGAGGCUCCUCAGCACAGGCAGGUGAGGUCUAAGGGCCAGAAGGAGAGAAGCAAGCACCGCCACAGAGAGAGAGGUGGAGAUGCAACUUUUGGAGCAACGCCAGUGGUGGAGACGAAGCCCGGUGAAGCCAAGCCCACUGGUUACGAGAAUACCAAGUACGAUCCGUACAACUUCCGGAGCAAAUACGGAGGAGAUUCUUGCCGUUUCGAUUAAAGGCAAAAGAUCAUUCUAGAUCAUAUCUGUUUGCUGCAUCUCUUAUAACAGAGGGGUGUUGAGUUUCUUUUGACAGGUAGAAAUCUUGUAAAUCAUGUGUUUCUUGAUGCUUUUUAGUGCGAUACAUUUAAUGCAAACAAUUGUAGUGUCAAAAUCAAUAAGCACAAACUCAGUCGAUAAAGUAAGUCAUGUCUCCCAAUAAAAUUAUAAAACUAGGAGACUAUAUAAAAUAAUAAAUUGAUUUAA